AUAUUAUUGUUAUUUUUGCGAGUGAGAGAGAGAGAGAAAAGUUACAAUAAUGACAACACCAUAUGUAAACACACACGAUUAUUAAAUAAUUGAAAUAAUAUAAUUAUCAAAUAUUUAAAAUGUCAGAUUCUAUGUCUGGACCACUUGCUCGACGUUCAGCAAUUAAAAUUGCUACUGGCGCAGUGGUUUGUGAUGAGAGUAUUCUCAGAGGGGAUAUUACAAUUGGACCAAGAACAGUGGUACAUCCUCGAGCAACAAUAAUUGCUGAAGCUGGACCGAUUGUCAUUGGAGAAGGUAACAUAAUUGAAGAAAUGGCAUCAAUUAUUAACAAAAUGCCUGAUAAUGCAACAAACUCUGAGACAAUUCAUACUCAAAUAAUUGGUAAUUUUAAUGUAUUCGAAACUGAUUCAAUAUGUGAAGCUGUCAAAGUUGGCGAUAACAAUGUAUUAGAAGCAAAAGCUAAAGUUGGUCGAGGAAUUGAACUAACAAAUGGAUGUGUUAUUGGACCAUCAUGCUCAUUAUUAGAGCCAGAAAUUGUUACUGAAAAUACAAUUGUUUAUGGUACUCAAUGUCAUCGUCGUGAAAUGAAUGAUAAACCUUAUCCACAAGUUGGACAGUUGGAAUUUUUAAUAAGAGUUUUACCAAAUUAUCAUCAUUUAAGAAAACCAAAUAUAAAAACAACUAAAGACGAACCAAUGUUAUAA